AUGGACGAGGGAUCGGAUAAAGCCCCUCGGCGCAAGAGGGUCUCACGAGCUUGCGAUCGCUGUCGCAGUAAGAAAGACAAAUGUGACGGCGUCCGUCCCACCUGUUCCGCCUGUCUGGCAACUGGCCAGUCCUGCUCCUACGAUCCCCACGCGAAGAAACGCGGCUUACCCGAAGGCUACGUCCGUGGCUUGGAAAAGUUAUGGGCGCUGUCGAUCUGUAAUAUCGACGGUUUCGAGGAUACCAUGCUACACAUGCUCGGAGCCACCACCGAGUCUACUGGUCGUCGGGAGAAAUUGAUGUCGCUGUGGUCGGAAGACAGUGCCGCGGAGAGUUUACAUGAUUCCUGGAAGACCAGUCGGCUGUUUGGAGCAUUGGAAAAAAUGCUCUCCAGCUCUGAUGCAUCCAGUUCCUCGACAGGCAAGCGAUCGCGUAACGCGCAGAACGAUGGACCGGACGGCCAAUGGGGGUUCCGAGUAGCACGCACGUCCACUCCGCUGGGGCCGGAUGCUCCGCGCGUGGUCGGAGCGUUGGCUACAUCGCCGGGUGUGAAGCGGGCUCGCUUGUUGCAAGAGUCGGAUAGUCGGGCUGUGGCUACGACCAGUUCCCGUACGCUGCAGUUGCCGCCUCAGACGUCACAACUGCUCGAAAUAUACUUUGCGGUCACGCAUUCAUGGUUUCCCGUGAUCGCCAAGCAUAACAUCCUCCGCGCGUCUUACCUCUACGCCAACGCUCCUUUCUCUAUCACCACAACGUCAUCUGGAUCCGGUGAUCACGCUGCGCUAUGGGCAAUCUUGAGCUACACAAUCACCCAAUCACGAACAAAUUCGCGGGCCGGUCCCGCUGAACCAAUCGCCUUGGCAAAAGAAUAUUAUACUGUCUCGCGGAAUCUCAUUCCCACGGAGAAAGCGCGUUAUGAACUUGGCCAUAUCCAGGCAUUGCUGCUGCUAACCUUGGUUAACAUGGGUCUCGAGGAUUGGACCGCGGCCUGGCUGUUGAGUGGCCAAGCAGUGCGCAUGGCCACUGCCAUGGGACUUGGAGCUUUGUCUGAUAGCAGGCGAUCUGAUGAACUUAGACAAGGCAAGGCGGUCUUCUUGGGAUGCUUUGUAAUUGAUUCAUUGCUCUCCUUCCGCCUUUCCCGAAGUCCCGCCAUGCCUCCAAGCGACCUUGCUACGGUGGGUCUUCUUGAAGAGGAUGGACUGGAGGAAUGGAACUCCUGGGCUGAUGUCCUACCACCCACAGGAGCUCCACAGGGCAGCAAGAAUCCACCGCGCCGUGGUCCCCUGCUGGCCUUGAGCUGCUUCAAUCGCCUUGUCGAGUUGGCGAGCGUUCUCAACAAGAUUUCUCGCCAUAUCUCUUCUGGUUUCAACGUGGCCGCCUUUGCGCAGCAGUUGGUAAUAGAUCUCAAGCAAUGGGAUGACUGUCUGCCUCUUGGAUGCCGCUUGAUCGGACCUGAAAGCAUCUAUCCAGAGCGGCACUCGGCCUUGCUUCCCCAUCAGAGUUAUUUGGGCUUGACUUAUGUGGCUACCUUACUAUGGCUGUACUUGCAAUUGAUACCGGGAGAGCAGGGAUUGCACCGGUCACAGCGCCCUGCCACGGAGGGAGCCAAGAAGCUUUUCUACCGGGGGCUCUCCAUACUCACCCAGCACUUGGAGAACUUCUCAAAUUGUGGCCUCCCGCCACUUUUUGAGUUGUGUCUCCGCACGAUCGCAGAGCAGGCGUUUAAUCUCCGGACUACCGCAGACUCAUCCGACACGUUCCCCUUCGCCAGGUGGGCAGAAGAGUUCCGACACAAGACAACAAGGUUUGUCUCUACAUGGCCGGCAUAUGGCUCUUUGGUUUCCGCCAUGGAGAGAUGGCAACAAGCCAAAGAUGUUGGAUCUCCCACUUUCCCAGGGACAGCUGGAAAUGCAUCUAGCAUUCAAUUCGCGCAUGCACCUAUGGCUGGCUCUAUGCAACCCCCAGGCGGACCUCAUAGUCUAGCCCCAAAUGACGAAGGUGAUUAUACCUCAUCCAUCCUCGGAAUCAGUAUGCCAAUCGAUGGACAAGCUUUGACCCCGAAAGACACGGCAAUGGAGAAUGCCGAUCUGGGGAUGAUGGACGUGUCACCGCACCAGCGAACGGAACCACAUCCAGUCCCAUCAGAGCCGAAAAUUGCGUCCCGUGGCAGAACAGGCUCGGUGUAUGGCUCAGCCAGCGCAUACCAGCACCAGCAACAUCCUCAGACCCCCGACUCAUCGACCUCAAACCCAAUGACGUCCGGAAGCAUGACUUCUGUCGGCGACAUCGACGCCAUCUUCAAAGACCUCGCGUAUCUGGAUACCACUGAAUGGGCAACGAACCGCGAGGCCGGCUUGAAGGACUUUGGAUUUUUGGAUGAUAGCACCUUCCAGGCUUUCUGUCAUGACCCGGAUCGCCUGGGAGGAUCGCAGCCAUUGGUUCAUCCGCCUUCUAUUGCUGAUAUUUGGCCACCGCCUGGGUUCUUCCCAGAGACUUUCCAGGAAGGCUCCGAAGAGUCUAUGGGAGGCUGA